AUGCCACCAACCGAUCCAAAUCGCACUCCAGCGGCUCCGGCACCGCCUGGGUUCACGUCGAACUUGAGCAAAGGAAAAAUGACGAAAGAUACGGACUCAAGCAUCGCAAUUGCGAUUGUCGGGAUGCUCAUAUCUACUACUUUCUUCAUCAUCAGAAUAUACACAAAGGCUGUCUUGGCAAAGCUGUUUGGGGUCGACGAUGUGCUUCUCAUUAUUGCUUGGAUACUCUCUAUGGUCGUCCAGAUUAGCAUCGUAUACUAUAUGGCUCACGAAGUCAUUGGCGCCCAUAUUUGGGAUCUCAGUGUCGCGGACUUUCAACGCUUGGCUCGAAUCACUGCAGUGGACAGCGUGGUGUACCUCGUUGUCAUGGCUCUCUGCAAGUUCUCGAUCCUGCUCUUCUACUUGAGGCUAUCCCGCGAACGGUGGUUCACGUACUCCAUAUACGCGACUAUGGGACUUGUCGUGGGGUACAGCUUUUCAUUGGCGUGCUCUCUGAUCUUUGCCUGUAUCCCGCUCAAAAUGGUGUGGGAUGUGACCAUUACCGACGGCCAUUGUAUCAAUCGAGGCAAGAUAUAUCUCGCAACCGCUGGCCUGAAUGCUGCGACUGAUAUUAUCAUGCUUGUAGGUCUUCAGCCAAGACUUCCCAUGCUAGAGGGUGUCAUCGCUAAGUCACACGCAGGUUUUACCCAUGCCAAUGAUCAAGAAGCUCCAGGUUCCUUUCAGGCAGAAGGUGGGCCUUGGUUUAAUAUUCGCCAUUGGAUCGUGCACUAUGGUUACAAGCAUCGUUCGCCUCUGCUUGAUGCCUCCAUUGGUCAAGGCGGCGGACAUGAGUUGGCAGUUGCGCCAGCAACUUGGAUUUGUAUUGAGGGAUCGCUGCUCAUCUGGACUGCUUCUCUGCCGAUCAUGCGACUAUUCCUCAAGCAUGUCGCCCCGCGACUCAUCGGAGAGACCAGCAUUCAUCGAUCAGGCUCCCGUCGAAGUAGACAAAAGCCAGACACCAUCGGAUCAUCCGAACUCUCGACCCUUGAGAAGUCGAAGCGAAGCUAUGCUCGUAUGACGGAUACUGCCAUCAUCGGGCACUCCCCUACUGGAUCCGAGACGGGUAUCAUUGGGUCUUCGGGAAAGAAUGGGGCCACCGUAGCCACUGUUGAACGGCGGGAGUAUGCUCAUGACUCUUUGACGCCGAGAGAGCCACCAGCUGCUCCUACACCAUAUAGUCAGUUGAGUGUUGGUGCUGAGAUAUUUCCAACACCCCCGCUGGAUAGACGAGAUAGUGCUGUGAAGGAAAUUUAG